UCGUUUCGUUUUCCCUUGCAGCUGCUGCAAAGGCGUCAGCCAAAAUUAUUCGCGCAUCAUUUUAUUGAUAAAUAAUCUAAAAAUUGUGCAUGUUUUCGAAUUAAAUCAAGUGCAUUGAUAAAUUGAUAUAAAAUGCAGUGUUGAGAAGUGAAAGUGCGUCGUAAAAUGUAGUGGAUGUACCGAAAAAGUUGAAUUAUAAAAUCGAUUUUUACUUCGCUGAGAAACAAGCUGACGCAUCUGGGUGACAGCUUUGUUCCCGUUUUAGCACCGAGUAGAUGUAGUAGUGACAUCGCUCGCUCGCUGAUCAGCUGUGCAUCAACGGACCCUUGCAUACAUUCAAACAUCCUGUUGUGUUGAACAAGUGGCUAAUAUUUUGUAAACAAAAUUUAGCUCGCGUCUGGAAUUCGUGAUUUUUGUUUCUUAUUACCUUCGAGAGGUCAACGGUGAGGUGCCAAAAUGGCUGAUAAGAGCCUUGCGAAGCGCUUAUCGCUUUCAUCAUCGUCGAAAAAUCGAAUGGGUCAUCCGACGGGCAGUGGCGGGUUCGCUGGGCUAGGAGUAGGAGGGCUCCCUUCGGGAUCCAAGCUGCCGUCGGCUAAAGCGCUAGCAACCGUAGCCAGUGCGGGUGUCCCUUCGCCCGGAUCGCCUGGAGAAAUUUCCUUGGUUCCAUACAUCAAAACUGCUGAUAACGGAAAGGUGUUGCCAAAGUACACGGCGGCGUUGUCUAGCACCACCGAAGAUUUGGUACCAGCAGAAGACUUGGAUAUGGUUCAGUUAGAACUGGAACUACUACUUUCCACUGUUGCUUUGCGUUAUCGCGUUCUGAAGAGCGAAAUAGACACGAUCGACAAGGCAGACGAGCGACGUGAAAGGAAAGGCAAAUUCAUAGACAAGGCGCCAAGCUCGCCUGGUAAAAAGAGGCGUCUGGAUGAUAAGCAAAAGUUCCGUGAUAGCUCAGGAAAACCAUUUGGCCAUCACAUGAAAUUACCCAAGAUAAAAAAUAUGUCUUCGUUGAUCCCACCUUCCCCAGCUCCGUCGCAGAACACUGAUGACAGUAGCGAUGCGGUUCCCUUCCUACCGCCGAAUCACCACAUCCAGCACAUUAUUUCCGACAAUAGCAACAACAAACUAAUGCUCUCGAAGAACGAUACUCCGAACAAAUUUUGGAUGUCGGCUGAGCCCUACUGUAUGCCCAUCACGCACGAAGAUCUGAAGCUGCUGGAUGAUUUGCUGGAGGAGUAUUCGGGACCGUUGAUUCCACCGAUUCCGGAGUUGGGUCCGCAUUACAGCACCCAGUGGGCUGCGGAUGAUAUCAAGGAGGAGCAAGAUUCAAGCGCGAAGAAAGUGAAGGGACUCACAAACGGUGACAUUGGAAGGAAGGAGAAAGUGAUGGGUGAGGGUAUAACCGGACCGCUCACACAACGCUUGGUCUCAGCUUUGAUGGAGGAAAAUUUGCUUCCUGAUUGUAACAGUACUAGCAACGAGAACAGCAACAGCAGCUCCGAUAUAGGUCACAGCAAUUCGAGAAGCGCAGUUUCAUUGCUAAAAAAUGGCAUUAGCAUUGAGCGACGUUUGCGCAAGGAGCUUAUUGAACAGGGCAUUCUCGAUGACGAUGAUAUGCCCAAAAGCCAACAAGAUGAUGAAAUUUUGUCGGAAAUCAAUCGUGUUCGCACAGAGAUAGCGGUAAUAGCUGAGUACAACUCGAACGAAAUCCGAAAGCUGCAGUCAAUGGCUCAGGAUGAAAUGAAGCGGAUCGAGGUAAAGAGGAAACUGGAUAGAGUUGAUCAAGAGAUAAUUGAGUGCUACAAGAAAAUUAUGGCUGCCAGGUUGAAGCGUCGUCCACUCACAAAACAGGAACGAGACGAAGCUUAUCGUCUAGCCGAGGAGCAAAAACGUUUAUCUGAUCAGCUUGAAUUGAUGCCAGUUCAUGGACCUUUCGCUACUAAUUGAAUAUGUGCAUUUCUGACAUCUGGUUCUUUCAACAUGUUCGUAAACAUAAUGUUCUCUCAACUAAACCACUAAUUAAAAUGAUAAAUGUUCAUUUAACUUUCAUCCUUAUAAUUGAGAAGGUAUGAACGGUCUAAGACGCCGCAAAAAUAUAGCUGUUAAUCAUCGGGAA